GUGUUUCCACGAACAAAACAAAUCCUGUCUUUUGUCUCUCCUCCAGCCCUCCGGAACUCCGGAACCCCGUCUAGGCUAUAUCUUGACACGCCCGUACUGCCUCUCGCAACCGACAAUCGCCGCCGUCGCUUCGCUGCAUACCCCAGCCAUGGCCCAGAACGCCACUGCCGCCGCCGCCGCCGGUCUGCCGCACCCCGGCGACCAGUACGAGAUCCCGAGCGUCGAGGCCCAUGGGUCUUUCGACUCGCUCAAGGAGCGCAUCAAGAAGCACUACGAGAUCGCGUCCGACUACUACUACUCGCUAUGGGGCCAGCACAUCCACCACGGGCUGUUCCGGUCGGCGGACGAGACGAAGGAGCAGGCGCAGGCGAACCUGAUCGACUUCCUGCUGGAGAUCAGCAACGGGGGCGCUGGGGCCGAGGCCGAGACCGGCGCGACGCCGUUCCCGCGGCCCGGCACCCGCGUGCUCGACGUCGGGUGCGGGCUGGGCGGCACCUCGCGCUUCCUGGCGCGCGAGCGCGGCUGCCGCGUCACCGGCAUCACCAUCAGCGGGCGGCAGGUGGCCAUGGCGCGGCAGGCGACGGCGGCCGAGGUCGCGGGCCUGGCGGCGGGAGGCGCUGGCGACGCCGCCGCCGCCGCCGCGACCGCCGACGGCUUCCUCGCGUACCCCGGCGGCGGCGGCGCCCGCUUCCUCGAGCUCGACGCCGAGACCAUGCGCGCGCACUUCGACCCGGGGCCCGGGGCCCCGGCCCCCUUCGACUGCGUGUGGAUCACCGAGGCGCUGUCGCACCUGCCGGCGAAGGAGGGCUUCUUCGCGGCCGCGUUCGCGCUGCUGCGCGGCGGAGGUGCCGGUGCUGACGCCGGCCUCCUCGUCAUCGCCGACUGGUUCAAGGCCCCCGGCCUCGACCCCGCCCGCGAGGCCGCGGACCUGCGCCCGAUCGAGGACGGCAUGCUCGUCCCUCGCCUCUACACCAUCGACGAGUACGUCGGCCUCGCCGAGCAAGCCGGCUUCCGCCUGCGCGGCGCCCCCGUCGAUAUCAGCAAGGACGUCGCUAGGACGUGGGACAUCUCGUGGUCGCUCGUGUCGUCGCCCGCGCUGUGGGCCUUCGCCAUAUCGCAGGGCCGCGACGGGCUCGCGUUCCUGCAGGCCUUCCGCGCGAUGCGGCGCGGCUACGCUAACGGGUCCUUCCGGUACGCCGUCAUGUGCUUCGAGAAGCCGUGAGUGGCGCGCGGCGGCGGACGAAAUAGGCCGUCGGCUCGCGCAACCCCCCCCCCGG